CCUGAAGUUAUAUUUGUAAAACUUCACAAAAGACUUCUUCAGCUAAAAUUGUGCAAUAACAGCAUCCUUUGGAAUAAAUUGUUUAGCUUCGGGCAUCCAAUUUAACGUGCUCCAUAUCAAACUAAUAAGAUUUUUAUAUAAAGCAUGGUUUUAUUAUAUAUAAUUUUUUUUGUUCCCCCCUCCUAUACGUUGUUACAGGUUGCAUGGUUAAGAGUGGAAAGUAAGACUAUAUUAACUAUACACAGACAUGUUAUUACGAGAAACUACAGAAUAAAUUUAAGCCAUAGUGAACAUAAAAAUUUUAUUCUGCAUAUAAACAAUGUGCAAGAAAGCGAUAUUGGAGGAUACAUGUGUCAGAUAAACACAGUUCCUAUGAAGAGUCAGGUUGGAUAUUUGGAUGUUGUUGUUCCACCAGAAAUCAUUGACACAGACAGCAGUUCCGAUGUUUUAGUACGAGAGGGAUCGAAUGUUACAAUGACCUGUCGCGCAAAAGGUUACCCAACACCAACCAUAGUGUGGAGAAGAGAAGAUGCCCAAGCUAUAGCCGUUGGCAACUGGCAGAGUAACAAAAUUUCAGAAUUGACUUAUGAAGGAGAAGAAUUACAUAUUGUUAAAGUAAGCAGACUUCACAUGGGAGCUUAUUUAUGUAUAGCAUCCAAUAACGUCCCACCAUCAGUCAGUAAACGAAUUAUGUUACAAGUACAUUUUCCACCAAUGAUAUGGAUUCCAAAUCAGCUUGUUGGUGCACCACUUAUAGGAGAAGUUACACUAGAUUGCCAUACAGAAGCUUAUCCCAUGUCAAUUAAUUAUUGGACUAAAGAAGACGGUGAUAUGAUUAUAUCUAAUGAUAAAUACGUUACUAGAAUGAAAGACAAAACUUAUAAAGUUCAUAUGAAGUUAACAAUAAAAAAUCUGGAGCCAGAAGAUUAUGGAUCGUAUAAAUGCUUUGCAAAGAAUUCUUUAGGUUCUACUGAAGGAUCUAUACGUGUAUACGAAAUACACGUCUCGCCUCAACCUGUAAAAGAACCAUCAACUGCCAAAAUACAAAGUCUAGAUGAAGAUGAUCAAGGAAUGAAACAUAAUGUCUUGAGGGGUUCUGCAGAAAGAAGAGAAGAAGGACGUUAUGGAAUGUCUGAUGAUUCCUUAACAAAAGAAACUGAAAGGUCAUAUAAUCCUUCCAUACGAAAACCUAACAGAAAACAAGAUACUAACAAAGGAUGCACCUGUAGGAGUCUUUGGAGAUGGAUACCAUUAUUAACAUUAGUCAACGCAAUCGUGUUUAUGAUACCAGCAACGUAAUAAUGCUUAAUUUUUGUGUUCAAGAGUGAAUGAAUACAAGUUCUGAAAUUUUGUCUGGAAGUACUGCAGAUGUAUAGUACUUAGGACAAGUCCAAUAUGUGCAGACAGCUAUAGAUAACAUACGUUGGUUAUGUUCCUCAGCGCUAGGCAUUUUAGAUUGCCAUCAUCUUCCCUCAUUUAUAAAUGAAGCAAAAAACAAAAAAAAGAAAAAAAAAAGAAAAAGUUUUAAAUGGUGGUCAGUUGUGACUUUUCAGACCAAUCGAAUGUGUUCUUUCAAACCAUUUCUUCCAAAAAAUCAAAUUGUCGACAGACUUAGAUUAUACUCAGGACUAAAAAAAAAUUAUAAGUUGUGUGGAUGUUAAAAAAUCGAAGAAAAAAAAAACACGUGUCCAAUAUAUAGCUAUCUUCUAAUUUAUGUCAGAAAAAUAGUUUUUUAAAUCAUUGUAACAUAGUAAAUCAUGCAUCAACCAAAAACUUAUGGUAGUUGUUAUAUGAAGAUGGAGGCAAAAUAUGUUGUCAAUCAAUGUAAUAGUGUAUCUUUGUAAAUAUUACAGCUGUUAGUUGAAGCAUAUUAAUGAUGAUGGUGAUGAUGAUGAUGACGAUGACAAUGAUGACAUAUUUUGUGAAGAUAUUGUGAAAUUAUGAUGUUUACAAUAACAAAAACAAAAAAAAAAUGAUUGGAAUAAUUCGUUGUGUAUAUUGUGAGUGACUUAAAUUACCAUCCAAAAGCCAUCUUUAUUUGCGAAGAGACAUGUUUUUCUUUAUUAUAUAUAAAUAUAUAUACAUAUAAAGUGUUUUAUAAUUUUUCAUUAUUUGUAUAAAAUAAAA